GAGGCAUUUCGGUAUAUCCCGGUCGCCCAGCAGCAUCCAUCGCCGGUUGCAGAAAACCCAUGCACAGAUCCUUGCUCCGUAUUUGUUCCUCUCCACGUUUUCAAGCGGGACUGGAGACAACGACUUCCAUUUCCAGACAUUGCCGAUGGCAGAACAUGAAAAAGUCGACAACGAUGCCAGUCCACGGCAGCCUCAGAAACGACCCGGUCAGUCUAGCGGGGCAGGCCCAACGCGUUCCAAACGUGCAAAGUAUACUCCUAUGGCUUGCAACGAAUGUAAGAAGCGCAAGUUGAAAUGCAAUCGAAAUUCGGGUCGAAGACAAUGCCAGCGAUGCCAGGCGACCAACACAGUGUGUAUAUACGCCGGCACACCGCCACCUUUCUCAGGACUACGAGAUGGUUUCGACUCUGAUAGAUAUACCAGAGAGGUGGAGCAGCUCCGUCAAGAAGUCUCCGUCUUGGCCAGUAGUCUAAAGGAACUCACUGACAAAGUUGGUCGAGAGUUUUCGUCGAUGUGCAGUCCAUCCGAGGGUCGCAGGUAUCCGGUAACGACGGGCUCUUUAAUCUCGCCCCCAAAGGAGCCUCAGUUCGUCGGACACACUAGACCCGACUUCAGCUUGCGCAUGGUGAAGACAGCACUCAUCCAGAUGGGCAUCUCUACCGACGCGACGCUCGCCACCAGUACGCCCACCUCCAGAGCUUCAACGCCAGAGCCGCAUGAAUCUUCCCAUGCGGGCGAUGGGGGUGACCCCCUGCUUUCCAUUCCGCGCAGGGAGAUCCUGCGGCUCAUAGAUGUCUACCAGGAGGGGCUCCUGACCGUAUACCCCGUCAUCGAUGUUGAUACCCUAACUUCGAAAAUUAAUUGGGUGUUCGAAGCGGUGCAUCAAGGCGAUGGCGAGGCAAAUCUGGCAGCGAUGGGAAGCAUUGGUCAGAAGGAUAUGUGCAUAGUAAAGAUCGUAAAGAUCGUACUGGCUACGAGCAUCGUUCUCGAGGCACAAGGCAAGAACGAGCUCAGUCAGAAACUCGUUGACUCAAUCGAGUGCGGCACGUGGCACCUUGCCCGUGAAUCAGCCGUUGACUUGAGAGACAUCCAAGUGCUCACCAUCCUGAGCAUCUACUACUUCCAGUGUGAUGAGGAGUUGUUCGCAUGGAGGACCAUUGGGAUGGCUGCUCGGAUGACCCUUGAGAUGGGACUGCAUCGCAAGCGAACACUUAUAGAUAACUUCAACAAUGCUGAGGACCGGGCCCAGGCCAACAGAACUUUCUGGUGUGUCUAUGUCCUCGACCGGAGGUGGAGUUUUGGGACGGGCCUAUCCUUUGCCCUCGUCGACGGCGACAUCGAUCCGCAAUUACCACAGCCUGCACCAGACUUUCAGUAUCUUCGCUGUCUAAUCAGGUAUGGCCGACUGUGCUCCAACAUUUGGGGUGCUUUGCCGCCCUUGGAAUCACCCUCAAACGAGAUUCCCAGGCACCAGGUCCAGUAUCUUGAGUAUCUGACCCAGAACUGGAUCUCAAGCAUACCAACCGACCUCCAAUUUCGCCACCCGCGGCCUGGUCUAGCGCUCUCCAGCGAGCCACGCACACUUCGUCGAUUGAGGGCCUUGCUAUAUCUCCGCGGGAACUACAUACGGACACUAUUGUACCGCCAUCAUGUCUUGUCAACGGCCCAGAUUUACUCAGACACCGACAGCGCCCAGCUUGUUGUGGAAGUUGCCAAAGACUCGAUUCAGGUGCUUGUGGACCUAGCCAAGACGAGUGACAUCUACCGUCGCCAGCAGGUGGUCUUCAACCACUUUCUCCUGAGCGCCCUGGCAGUUAUGUUGCUCGCAGUGUGUCAUGCCCCCGACCUCUUCAGCGAGCCUUGCCGCGACAGCUUCUCGUCCACGGUCGAGUUGGUCCGUGGAUUUUCACGGGAGAGUGCUGCGAGUAAGAGGUUGUGGAGGAGCAUUCGAGGCUUGUUACCAGCUGUAAAGACUCUCAGAUCAAAGUGGAGCUGGGAAAGGGACCAAGCUGGGCGGAUAGAUGAUCGACACGCAUCAGUCAACAUCUCCAGCCAGUCGCCACAUGAGCAGUUUUCUGAUAGCCAACCUAAGGAUUGGGACCAAAGCCAAACCGCCAUGCAGACAACCUUUGACGGUACAGAGAUUGACCUCAGCUCAGAGCUUUGCGCUUCGGUGCCGGAUAUGUACGACAUAGGAAAUGAUCUCAUGGACUUGUUCAAUGCGUUUGGACAAGUGGGGACGGCGUCGACAACUGUAGCGGAUAUGGAUCAGCCGAAUGUGAUGAUGGGCUAUCCAGUGAACGUAUCACGGCGAUUCAACGAUCUAAUAUGAUGUGGUGUAUCGUCACAAUGGUGUCAACACAGAACACAUAGAGUUCCUCCAUAUUUGAUUGGUUCUUUUCGUACGGUGUAGCUAAAGUUCGAAUUAAUGAUUUUGGUCUUGGUCUCUGGACAAAUUGCGUCGCAGCAAAGAUCGGUAACUAUACUGGCAUUUCUCAAGUGAAGAGCAGAGAAGAUUACGCGCCCAAGGGAUAUUUCCAGUUCGACCAAAGCAUAU